GUCAAACUCUACCCCCCGUGGAGUGGAUUCGGUCCGAGUCCACCGGACUUCUUUGACCUUCUCCCUCGGAUGAUUUCUGUUGGCAGCAAAGGUAGUCGGACGAAAGUCUUGCCGUUCAACAAUAAACCUAGGGAGUGGUUAUUAUGGAUGGGUUCACAGUAUGGGCACCGACUCCAGUUCUUGGGACAAAUCAUAUUUCUGCAUCAGUUGAGCGAUGGCAGCUUUCCUGCGGUUCCAAUAAACACGGAUAGAUCCAGCGACGGCCGCAAACUUUGCGAUUUGAUUGUGCUUUUUGAUGACGCACGACUGGUGUUAAUCCAUGGACACCUUCCAGCGUCAUGAUUAUAGACUCGGUGGACCUGCUUACAACUCCCUUGCACGAGUUCCUUUCCAUUGUAAUGCAGACAAAAUAACCCGCAGUGGUUACAGAUUGCAAAAUUAUUCUCUGAGGCAAAGCUUGGGCAGGCAUAUUUUUCCAGAUGGCGAAUCAUACUGUUGGGGUGUUUCCCGCCGCAGGAGGCAUUGGUGGUAGCACUGUCAAGCAUCUCCUGUCGCGUCUUCCGCCAUCAAACCUAGUCUUCAUCGCUCGAGGCCCCGAAAAGCUCAAGUCUCUGCCUGUCGCAGACGCAGUCCUUCGCCGCGCAGACUAUGAUGACGAUGAGAGUCUCCAGCAUGCAUUUGAUGGAGUGGAUACACUGUUCCUGAUAUCAUACCCAUCGGUGGAGCAUGAGCAUCGAUCUGAGCGUCAUCGUUUUGCGAUUGACCUGGCGAUCCGGAGUGGAGUGAAAUAUAUCUUCUAUGGUUCACUGGGAUACGGUGGCAGCCCGGAUAACAACGAGUCCGUAGCCCAUGUCAUGCAGGCGCAUCUAGAUACUGAAAGAUAUCUCGACAAGUGCGCGCGUGAGCAUAUGGGCUUUGGCUACACAGUGAUUCGUGAGGGUCUCUAUUCCGAGUCGUACCCUCUUUAUACGGCUUUCUUUGAUCCCAAACACCCCGUCAAUGACAUAAAAAUCCCACACGAUGGAUCAGGACCUGGGAUUGCGUGGGUCAAGCGCGAGGAACUCGGGGAAGGUACAGCAGAGCUUUUGGGAAGAUUUGUGAAGGAUCGGGCAAGGUUCAAAUAUAAGAACAAAAAGCUCCUGCUGUCAGGAUCCAAGACACUGACGCUUGGGGAGACUGUUGCUAUACUAGGAAAGAUUGCCAGUCACCCAGUGCAUAUUCUCCCAGUUACCGUGGACGAAUUUGCGAAACAGCCUCAGGUAGGACCCAAUUUCACUUACCAUGGAGUUGAUCAUUCGAAGGUGUGGGCGACAACCUUUGAAGCGUUCCGCCGUGGGGAGGCAGCGUUCGUUUCCCCUUUACUUGGAGAGCUCCUGGGUCGCGAGCCGGAAGAUUUUGAGACAACAAUCUCUAGGUCGCUUGAAUAAAUGCAGUGGCAUCUUGACAUUCAUCGUCACUUAACAUGCUCAGAAAUUUCCUCUAUAGAGAUCCUUCAGCCCCCUUGCUACCUGCACUAGCUUUAGUUGGCAGAGAGGCGAAUGGUACAAUCUUUGAUUGCCCGGAUCCUUUCUACCCAACAUAAAUCAUGACAAUAACAUGAGAUAACGAUAGCCAAAAUAAUCUGGAAGACUCUUGAGGCCACUUAAUAUCAAGUGGCUUUCUUUUGAUCGAUCUUCCAAGUCAUACUCUUGGG